UCCGGAGCGCUGUGCCGGGCGCGCCGUUGCGCGGGGUCCCUGCGGGCGGGGGAGGAGGCGGCGGCACCGGCUCCUGUGCGUACGUGCGCGCGCUGCCGCCGCUUCUGCCCGUGCCGUUCCCGCUGCUCCCGCACGGUCCGCUGCCGCCCUCCGGAGCCGCCAUGCACGGAUCGCCCUGCCCGGAGAUGGCAGAUGCGGCCGCGGUUGACAUUGUGGACAUCUAUGAGUCUAUCCGUGAGAGGCAGCGUCAUGACAGCGAGAGGUCCACCUGCAGCACCUUGGAGCAGAACGACAUUGAAGCCGUCGAAGCGCUUGUUUGUAUGAGCUCCUGGGGUCAAAGAUCGCAGAAAGGUGACUUAUUAAAGAUAAGGCCACUUACGCCCUUCUCGGAUUCUGGCGAUUCCACGAUGCACGCUGAGGCUGUGGCUGAAUUACCAAAGGAUUAUUUGUCUACACUGUGCAUGACCCCUCCGCACAGUCCUGACUUUGUGGAGAUAUCAGCUGCUAUGGUCAUCUCCUCCCAAGUCACUUAUUCCAAACCAAGGACUGUCAUGGCAAAUACAGUUGCCUGCUCAGUCACGUCAGCGACUGGUGCCUCUCCCAUAACCAAGCCAUCUGUCAUCAGCGUGGAGCGACAGGGUGGUCAGAAGCCAGUGCUAUCCGAAUCCUUUGCCCCUCAGCCUUGCAGGGCCAUGGCAACGAGUGUCAUACGUCACACAGGUGAUAGUUCUGCUUACCGUCACAUUCCUCCUGUGCAGGAGAAAACAAAGGUAACUUCAGGCUACAGCACUUCCAGAGACUGGCGUGAUGUGAAUGACCGAAGACAUUCCAGACCGCCACGGGACACGUGUGCUGCAGAUGAUUUAAUUAGCAAAACCUCUCCAGUACAUCGACCUUGUGCACAUGACUCCAGUGAUAUUGUGACCAAUAAAGGACAGCUACCAGUCUGUCCCACUUCUCCACAGACCCACUUACCAAAGAAUUGUGAGAAUGACUUGCAAAAAAGAGCAACCCCAGUGACGCCUGCCCCUGUUUCAAGCCCCCAAGUUCUCUGUCAAAUGGUCCCUUUCAAUGGACAAAGCGGUAUGGUCAAUGCCUAUGUCAAGCCUUCAGCUCCAACAGUUUCCACUCCUGUGAAGCCAAUUUUACCACAAACAGCCCCGCUCCCUCAGCCCGUGCUCAUGGGACCUUCUGUGCCUCAGGGGACCGUCAUGUUGGUCCUUCCACAGACUGCUGUCGCGCCGACGCCGCAGUGCCCGCAGGCGGUGAUGACUGUCGGCAACACCAAGUUACUGCCCCUUGCCCCUGCUCCUGUGUUCAUCGCUUCUGGUCAAAGCUGUGCUCCCCAGAUGGAUUUUUCUAGACGGAGGAAUUACGUUUGCAACUUCCCAGGGUGCAAGAAAACCUAUUUCAAAAGUUCCCACCUCAAAGCCCACCUUCGCACCCACACUGGAGAAAAGCCUUUCAGCUGCAACUGGGAAGGCUGUGACAAGAAGUUUGCCCGCUCUGAUGAACUGUCACGCCACCGCAGAACUCACACAGGAGAGAAGAAGUUUGCUUGUCCCGUGUGUGAGCGUCGCUUCAUGCGCAGCGACCACCUGACGAAGCACACCCGCCGCCACAUGACCACCAAGAAGAUCCCCAGCUGGCAGACAGAGGUUGGCAAACUCAACAGGAUUGCCACAGCAGAGAAGCCAAAAAGCAGUGGCCCUCUGAGUAUGCUCAUCCCCGUGCCGUCAUCGGUCUGCCAGGGCUAGGGAGAGGGAGCUCCUUCUUUACAAACUUUCUGAAGAUGAGAAAGAGCUCCGGUGGCUUCAACAGAACUGACGGUGGCUUUUUUCCCACCCCCAUGUUUGUGCAUACUUUAGUUCCCUUCAGUUUAGGUCCUCUGUUAACAAUGCAGUGUGAGAAAUCUUGUCGUAUGUUUCCUCAUCCCUUCCCUACUUGUUGUUUUCAAUACUUGGGCAAAUGCAAUCACCAGCACUUCAGGAAGGCAGAGCUCUUUGGAAAUGAUUUUGGCAAUAGGUUGAAAGAGUCGCUCAUGAUGCUUGCCGUUAGUAUUUUGAUGGACAGUAAAACAGGGUGAUUUUUAGUUUUUAUACUAGUAUUUUCUAUACCAAAUAUAUUUUGUAUUUAUUCAUUUUGGUCUUGAUAUGCAGGCAAAUGACCUGCAUUAGUGGGGGUGUGCAGGAUGAGACACAGAGCUUUGGGAACUCCUUCUCAGUAAACCUAAAGAGUUGCAUGCAGUGCAUUUUGUAAACAGGUAACGAGAUAACUCCCGGUGGUUGGGAUUUCCCCACUGCGGAUCCUGAUCCCACAGUGGGCUGGUGCUGUCACACCCUCCUGACGCAGGUGACGUUGGAGGUGUGAGAUCCAAGGGUGUCAUUGUUUUUAAACCAAACCAAACCAAACCACAAUCUCUUACUUUCAGAAAACAAGUGUUGAAACCCUCAAUGUUUUAUAAAUUCGUACCCUUUGCAAGUGGGAACUGUUGUAACUUGUAGUAGAAGUUUGACAUAUUGGGCAUUCCUGAGUCCACACUCCACCAGGGCAAAGUUUGGAGGAGCCAGACUGCUCUAACGGAGGUAGAAGCACAGACACUGUUUAGAAACUUUGACACUAAGAAUUAUGCUUUACUUUCGCUCCUAGUAAACCAGCAUAUCGAAGUCUACUGAAAAAUGCAAAAAGGGCAAGAUAACCCAUGAACGAUUAGCUGUUUAUAUAUUUUAGCUCUGUUUAUAUAUUUUUUUGAAUACAGGAGAAAUAGAAAAUUAAGGGUUUUUUUUUUUAUGUAUCGUGGAUGCUUGUGCACCUUAUAGGAAUAUUGUUCAAGGCUUUCAUUUACCUGUAUCCAAGCACCAGAGGAAGUACUAAUCAUGUCUUGACCUAAGAAGUAGCCACCAUGUCACUUGAUGAUGCUCCUCAUGUGGCCUUAUAUUUCUCCACAGUACUUUGUAUAAAAUCACCCUUUUCUAUUAAAGGAGAUACUCCCCCUAUUGAAUGGAUUUUCUUUCACACCGAGUGUAGCCGUGGUGGAGGAGCUGGGCCAGAUUGGCACGGUGGCCGUGGUACCUGGAGGGAAGGUCAGCUGUGUGCUGCGGGGCACAGCUGCUGUUCUGCUGCCAGGCAGCUCACCUCCUCAGUGACAGACUCGUGUAGCGCUUGUUCCUUCUGGACUCUCUUCCCUUCAGCCACUCGUGCACAGAUGCUUAGUUGAGCACGGAGGAGGACUGUUGUUCCUGGAUGUGUGACAUGCGAAUACCUAGGAAUGCGCUCUCUUGCACUGCUUUGUUGUUCUGAAGGCCUGGUCUUAUUUCCCACUGUGGGUUGUGGUCUGCCUGAGGUCCGACUUGCUGAUCUCAGCUCACGCUCCCCUGGAAUCUGCAAAGACCUCUUUCAGUUGAAAGCAGAGUAUGUCGUGACUUUUACGCUUCUGUCUAUAGUUACAAUUAGUGGUAAUGAGUUUUCAAACUGCACUAAAUGGGAGUAUUGUGCUAAGUGUGCUACAGUUCUUGUGCCUGACCUUUAAAAUGUUCACCCAAGCCGCUGCAGUCCCGCUGAGGUGGCGGCCAUGCUGCUGAACAUGUGCUCUCCUGGGGCUCUGGGGAACCCCUCUGCCACCCAAAGCAGGUGCUCCAACUGUUACUGUGCUCUCUCCAUACCCGAUUUUCCAAAUUCAUGUGUUCAAGAAAGAUAUUGCUGCUUUUGCUUUUCUUUUUUUCCUUCCCCUUUUGGAUGCCCUUUUAGCAUGUGUAUAACUGGAGGGAAGAGCCUCAUGUCUCAGUCCAGUAGCCAGUUUAGUACUUCAAGACUAACGUUUAUGAUGUUCCCUUGAGCAAAACAGGGGAAACUCGUCUCAUAAUUUCAGAAGUUGUCACAUUAGUCUGUUGCAUCACAGAGGAAAUAAUGGAGUAGGGAGUUGGAGAAGUGUGUGUUGUGGGGCUGUGUGAGGCUCCCCCUUUGCAGGGCGUACCUGGCAUGGGUGUGCUCUUCCCCUUCCUUCCUGCUGUGUAACAGUUGUCUGUGGAUUAAGCAUGAGUGGGAUAACUGCUCCCUUUGCACUUUACUGCCUGAACUCUAUUGUUCAGUCUCUUUAUUUUGAGCCUAUAUUUUAAAGAAAUGGAAUCACAUUUUUGUACCUGUUUUUAACUUUUAUUAAAUAAAAUGUAUGUAAUGUGGCUGCUCUUAAAUCAUCAACCAACAGUCAGUUCUCAUGUUUCAUACAUGUCCAUUCCAGAACUGUGCAAAUCUGUGUGACUCAGCUUGUAUAUCUAGACCAGGGGAAGACUUUGGGGCUCGCCUUGCUCAUUUACCUGUAGAGGCAGAGUUUUUUGGAUCCUGUUGUAAAUUGACCAGUGCUUUUCCGUUCUUAAUUCUACACAAUGUUUCUUGUAUAUUGGCUAGAACGUGUACACCACUGCUAGGGUCUGGGGUUUUUGCAUGCUGCCUGAAAAUGAGAGUCUCAGGGUGUGUAACUGUUCUCCUAGCAUGGCCUCCAGAAGCUGUGGAUGAAAGGUGAGGAUCUGAGUGCUGCUCUGUCCAUGUUGCAAGCUCUGCAUGGUGUGAAUGCUGGAAAUAAAGAGGAGAUGAGA